AUGCCAUGUUACGCUGAUACAAUCGUGAGGAUUAAACUUGUUCGCCAGAGCAUUAAAGAGGAGAGUAACUUGAUUGUCGUUUGGGCUCUUGGUGAAUACCCAGUUGGUCGUGAUGAUUACGAAAUUGAGAUGGUGUUAUUUGUGUCAACUAAUUCUAACGAAAGAGAUUUUGAAACUCAAGCUGUUUUUGAGAGAGAUCAUUUUUAUUCUGUCGGUGGUAAGAUCGUCCCUGCAUUUUAUGGUAGUAAUAAAAGGCCGAAGAUGACUGUUUCGAUUUCAACUAAAGUAGCGGUUCUUAACCGGGUUGCUCAGUUGAAUAAAUGUCCAUUGAAAAUUUCUUUGAUUGGUAUUCCUCAAGAGUUACCCCAAGUACCAGAAAAUGAUGAAAAUGCUAUUUUUAAUAUAUUGGUUAAUGAUUAUGCUAUUCAAGAUCAUAAUUUUAUGGUUAAAGUUGUUUUCCCGCAUUCUAAUUCUCGGCUUGCGCAUUUGAAGAGUACUAUUCGUCCACACGAUUCGCUUGUUUUUGUUGUUGGCCAAAUGGAGGUCGUUGAUAAUGAUUUUUAUGUUUAUGCAAAAGAUGUAAAUUUUGUUGAUGUUGGUUUCUUAAAGCGUAAAAAUUUUGAUGAUAGUGGUUCUAGUAGUUCUACAGAGGUUGUUAGUACGAUUCGGUCAAAAAUUCUUUCUACUCAUCGAAAUAUUCAUGAGAAUUCUAAGGAUUCUAAGGAUAUUUCUAAGGUUGAGGGAUUAUCAUCUGCGGUUUUGACUGAUGGUGUAUUAUUGUCUGAUAGUAAUUCUUCUAAAUGUAUUAGAGUCGAAGACGAUAAUGAGUCUAUCGAAUCUACUAAUGUUUUAGAUUCUGUAGAUAAUGAUGAUUAUGUUCAGUCUGAUGUCGUCAAUAAUUUUGGUGAGGUUCAGGCUAAUGAGGUUGAAGGUGCAUUAAAAUGCAAGAAUAGUGCAAGAAAUGCUAGUUGUGGUGAUAAGAAGGGAAAAGAUUAUGUGGGUCGUUCUUUGCGUAGUG